UUGUGUGAGAAUUUUUCUUUUUGGUUUCAUAACCAUGCUGCUGCUGGUAGUAUGUGUGGUUCUUUCUGUCUCUGGGAGCAUAGCUGCUGGCAUGCCAACGGUGAUUCACAAGACAGAAGUGACCAGCACUGUGGGGGAGAAUGUGACCUUGUCCUGCCAGCUGUCUGCAGAGAAGGAGGUCCUCCAAGUCACAUGGCAGAAAGAAGGUCAAACAACAGAUAAUAUAGCCACAUACAGCCCCAACCAUGGCCCUAGAUUACUUGGAUCCUACCAUGACCAUGUCCUAGUGACCCAAAGUGAUUUGAACUCCUCAGCCAUCACCCUUGAGUUUGUCUCCUUAGAAGAUGAAGGAUGCUACAGAUGCAUUUUCAACAUUUUUCCCAUAGGGCCUGUCCAAGGCAGGAUGUGUUUGAAUGUUUAUGCCAUAUCAAAACCCGAGGUGGAUGCCCAGCUCCUGACCAGGGAAGAAGGGGAAGUACUGGCCCUGAGCUGCCGGGUGACAGGAAAACCAACCCCCAAGAUCACCUGGGGCCUGCCAGAUGGCUUGGUGGUGACACCACAGCUCUCGUAUGUUUGGUACCCUAACAAGACUGUGACUGUCAUCAGCAACUUCACCUACAUCCCUGCCCAGUUCCCCCAGAAAUGGCCAAUUAUAUGUAUGAUUCAGCACCCAGUCCUCAACACAGAGAUUGAACUGAAGUAUCCAUUCCAUGAACCUACUGAUGAUCAUAAGAUCCUCUUCAUCUGCUUCUCUUCUGUGAUUACCACUGCCUCUUUCCUGGGACUUUAUUAUUGCUGUUUACGGAAACAAAAAAUGGGCACCUGCCAAGUAGGCGAAACUCUGAUCUUGGUCAUCACUUGGUUGACUCCAAAGGUCUGCUGUGGGUGGUUCUCAAGCAAAGUUUCUGCUAGUAUCACUGAACAGCAAAGGACUGUGGAUGUAUAACCCUUUUGGUACUUAUACUGGAAGUACUUUCAGCCCUGUGCUAAGCUGUGGGCUUGAAGCUGGCAAGGAAAAUCCAGGGGCCCUGCCUGAGAGUGUACAACCAGCUGGCUCCUUCAGGCCAACUCCUACAGAUGUUGCUGAGCUUUCUGUAAUUCAGGGAUCUCUUGAUCUUGUAUCUUGUAUUGAUCAACUGCAUUACUAUAGUGGGUAUGUGAUCUCAUCAGUUUGGGAGUUCCCUCCAAUGAUCUGAAGUAAGACAGAUUGUGACCCAUCCACAUCUGCCUGUUUGAUGCUAUUCUUGUUCAUGGCCUCCCAAAAAUUCACCACAAGGAGGCCAUCUAACACUUGGGACCAUCUUUGAUUUCCCCCAACAUACUGAGGUACUAGCCAAACAUGCUGCACGUCUUUGGCAUCCCUUGAUCUAAAAAGGCGACCCUGCCACCUUUUCUUGCUGGCAUGUACUCCCAUGAUGAUAUCCUCAGCCCUCAUUCUUCUUCAGAGAGCCUUGCUGGUUACAUUUUACUGCUCCUCACAUCUACCUCUCAUUCCCCCAUUGUCCUUUAUGUGGUACUCUUCAGUGUUUCGUGGGAUGUGGUGUUCCCGUUGCACUGGCAUUGAACAUUUGUAAUGUCUUUAGAAUGAAAAACAUGGUCCUUUUC